UUUUGACAUCUUAUUAGGAGAUUCAAAAGGAGCUUAGUCUGCAAAAAUGUAAGUUUUUUCUGGGAGGAAAAUGUAAGUACGGCUCAACUUGUAAAUUUAAACAUUCAAAGGAAGGGGAUAGUACAGAAGCUAUGCGUCAGGAUCAGAAAAGACAGCGAACUGAGUCAAGCUAUGGUCCAAGUCGAGAGAGGAGGGCAAAAACUAUUGACAAGCAGAGGAGAGAGGCUCAAAAUAAUCUGCAGGAAGAAAGAUUGAUGAUUCCAGAGAACCACAACGUUAACGCUCAAGAGAAUCUACAACAACAGGCAGAUAUGGAGAGGCAGAACAGAGAGGCUCAAGAGAAAGCGCAGGAGGAACGUAGACGACAGAUAGAUAAUGAGAGGAGGCAGGCUCGUUUGCGUCUUGAGCGGAUGAAACCGAGAGUUCUAACCAGUAACGUGGAUCAGCUCAGAGAGGCAUUACCACAUAUUGGGAUUGAAAGAAAAGAGGGCGAUGGGUUUUAGGAGAAAACAGAGUUCUGAGACAAACCCAAGAGAACUAAUCAGAUUGUUUGGGGCGCAAGAAAACGA